UCCGGUCUGAUUUUCCAAUAGCUUAUUUUCUUAUUAGAAAAAUCGAGAGAUUUUCACCAUCACCGUAAGAAUAAGGUUAUCCCAGCGCCGCCACCACCACUUAAAAAAAAAAAGGCAAAACAAAACAAAGAAAACACCCAAACGAUUCGAAAGAUUGAAAAACAUAUAUAUCCAAAAAGAACUGAUGGAAAAAUCCAAAAAUUUCCGGAUCGAUGCUCUUCUAGCAGUCGACCCACCGAAAGCUGCCUCGGCGCAGACUUCUCCUCUGGCUCUGGUCACGUCUCUUUCCGCCUCGGCUGCCACAUCUGGCAACAGCAGCAGCAACGGGGGGAGCAGCAGCAGCGGCGGCGGCAGCAGUAGCAGCAGCAGCAGCUGCAGCCCCCCUUCCUCGGAGCACCACACUGGCGGCUCGGACUGCCUGAGGACGGAGAGCCCGUCCCCGCCUCGGAUCCUCGCAGCCCACUGCGGGCUGGUGCCCAAGCCAGGUUUCCUGAGCAGCGGCAGCGGCGCCGCUGGCCAUCAUCACCACCACCCUGGUGCGGCCGCUGCAGCGGCUGCAGCGGCCGCAGCCGGAGGGAUGGCCCUAGGGUUGCACCCAUCGCAGGGUGGAGCGGGGAUCCCCACCCAAGCGGCUCUGUAUGGUCAUCCCAUGUACAGCUACUCGGCUGCAGCGCUGGCUGGCCAGCACCCGGCUCUGUCUUAUUCCUACUCCCAGGUGCAAGGGGCCCACCCCACCCACCCCGCAGACCCCAUCAAACUCAGCGCCGGCACCUUCCAGCUCGACCAGUGGCUCAGGGCGUCCACCGCGGGCAUGAUCUUGCCCAAAAUGCCCGAUUUUAACUCCCAGGCCCAGUCCAACCUUCUGGGGAAAUGCCGGCGGCCCCGAACUGCCUUCACCAGCCAGCAGCUGCUGGAAUUGGAACAUCAAUUCAAGCUCAACAAAUACCUCUCCCGUCCCAAGCGCUUCGAGGUGGCCACGUCGCUGAUGCUCACCGAGACCCAGGUGAAAAUCUGGUUCCAGAACCGGAGGAUGAAAUGGAAACGGAGCAAAAAAGCCAAGGAACAGGCGGCACAGGAGGCAGAGAAGCAGAAGGGAGGGGCGGGGAAAGGUGGAGGAGGGGAGGAAAAAGGAGAGGAGGACCUGCUGCUUCCUUCGGACAAGAGUAGCAGCCGCCGCCUGCGGGAUUUGAGGGACAGUGACCCAGAGGAGGAAGAGGACGAGGAGGAGGAGGAGGAAGGGCAUUUCUCCUACAAGAACAAUAACGCUGCCCACUCCUCCGAUUGCUCCUCUGAGGAUGACUCUCCGCACACAAGACCCGCGGGACCCGGGCAUCAGCCUCCGUCCCAAUGAAGAGCCCACGCAGCCUUCUGGGUGGGGUAGGGAAGCAGGAAAUGGGGUGUGACCUCACCCUCCCAAUUCCCCUAUCCAACAGAGAGUCCUUCACGUUCAGCAGGACCUGCUCACAUCCAGGACUUGGGAAGCUGACACAGAUCCUCGAAUUCAGCAACCUGCAACCCCGAUUUCUCUGACCUGGAGAGGACAGUAGAGUGGGGGGUGGGGAAAUCAUUCUUUCCUGGACUGCCUCAUCCCUUCUCCCCAGUUCUCAUCUCUGCUUUCUAUCUCCUUGCCUCCCCCGAGCUUUCCCAGGGGCUUGCAGCCCAGAGUUGGCUUGCAGGGGGAUUGGUAAAUCCAGCUGCUGCCACUGACGAAUGGAUAAAGAUCUGAGGACUCUCCCCCCUUUACUCCCCCCCCCCGACCUGAAAAUCCUGGCAAUUUUGGUCGUUUUUUUUCUACAGAGCUUCGGCUGCUGUUGAACGAAAGAAGGAAACCCAGGGGAAUGUUCAAACUUGAAUCUUUUUUUCCUUUGGUUUUUAUUUAAUUUUGUUGUUGUGGUUGAGUAAGUGGGGGGUGGGAGUGAGAUGUUGUAAGGGAUCCCCUAAUACAUGGGAGACCUUCCCAUCUCUCCACCAAGUAGAGAAAACUUGCCACACAGUGUUAAGUGACAUUUAAAACUUGAACCAUGGAACCGCUGUUCUUUUUCUGAGUAUUGAAAAAAUGUUUUGUGCUUAUUAUGUAUCAUGAAAAAAAAAACCUUUAUGUCAUGACCGUUCAAACUGCUGGAAAUCUCAAGACUGUACUGUCUUUAUUUUUGUAUGUUGUAUUUAUAAAAAAAAAGAUACCUCUACUUAUGCAUGCUAAAUUAUUAUUUAGCUUCUCCCAUCAUCCCUGAUGGAAUGUAAAAUAAAUUGGUUUUAUACUAGAUUUGACUGUAAACCUGUAUUUAAAAAAAAAAGAAUGUGAUCUAAUUCAGUUUAACAAACACUUAUUAAGCACUUCUUA